UUCUGUUUCUGCGUCUGAAUGUCUGAACGUGUUACCUUCCGCUGAGUACCAACGCCUCAUGCUCAGGCGAAAGCUGCUGAGCUUCCUUUCUGUGCAUGUGCAGCCCGAGUGUCUGGCUGCGACUAGCGCAUCCUUGCGCAUAGAACCGUGAAUUGUCCACAUUUCUUCCAUCCAUUCCUAACACACACGGCUCCGGACGGAGCGAGAGAAGCCUCUGUUUGAUCCUGAAUUGAGUGGUCGAGAAUGCCCCCGUUUUUUGACGGGCAAGCCGUCUUUCUGGAGGGAAAGAUCGUAGCGCUCCGACUCAGAGGAGGGCCGGCGAGCCCGUCUUUCUUCCGUUCCUUCGUUCCAGUCCUGCCCCCCGUUUCCACCGAUUCCAAGCAUGUCUCACUUGGGAGUGUCGGGCAGUUCACGCGGUUCGCACCGCAAAAGUAAGGUGGGCGCUCUCCUCAGCGAGUACUACAACCUCGAUGAGGACAACGCGGGCGACUCGGUCCAGCCGCCGUCUGGCGGCGUCGCCCACCCGUCUGGACCUCGCUCCGAGUCGCUGAACGGGUCGGACUUUUGCCCCGUGUCUGACGCGUCCAAGUCAGACCGCCUUUCCGCCGCCUCCGCGCCGACACCCGAGAAAAGUUUCAGAGAUCCGCGGACGCGCGGGCGAGGCGAAAGCGCCGGUGCGGGUCGACCAGAAAGUGCCUCCCGGCCCGGAGAACAGGCCGACGGCGCCGUGGCACCCCAACAGGAUGGGAAGGCCGACCUCGACAGCGAAAACUUCGACGUGCAUGCGUACUUCGCCUCGGCAGUCCAGACGUCGUCGCUGCGGGAGCUGCUGCGGCGCAGCGGGCAGCUCGACGAAGAAGUGCGACGCGCCGAGGGCGAGUUGCAGACGCUUGUGUACGAGAACUACGGGAAAUUCCUGGACGCUGCGGAGACAGUUCGCUGCGUGAAGGAGGACAUGCGGGCGCUGCGAGGCCAUAUGGUUCAACUCGACUCUCGCGUCGAUUCAAUCGAAGGGUCGAGUCGCGAACUCGACGAGCUCGUGCGCGACCGUGCGGCGAGCAUCGAGGAACUCGUCUCCUUCAGACAACUCCUCGACAAACUGCAGAUCCUCUUCACGUUCCCCGAGGUCCUGCGCCGCCACCUCGCAAACGGCGACGCGGAGUCGGUCCUCUCCAUCUACCUCCACAUCCACCCGUUCCUUCAGGCGCAGCAGGCGGCGCUGCCGCGGCUUCAGCGGCUCAAACUCCUCGACGCAGAGGCAACUUCCGUUUUCCGGUGCGCCAAGCGCAUGCUGCGGCAGCGCCUGGAGUCGCCAGCCGCCGAUGGCUCUUCCAGGGAGCUCCAAGCGGCGUCUCUGGCCGAGGAUCUGCCGGUGCGUCUGCGUGAAGCUGCUGCGGGAGAGCCCCUGGCGUCGAAAGACGCCUCGAAGAUCCUCUCGCUGCUUCUGCAAGCAGAAGACGAAGACCGCGCCUCCCUCCUCAAGCUGUACCACCGGAGCCGGACGCAUGCGCUUCUCGACCUCAUUCAGUGGAUCUUCGACCAAGACCGUCUGCAGCGAGAGGCUGCAGAGAAUCAAAGACGCCAGGACCAGCAAGUGGCAGACGCGUCAGCCGCGGAGGCCAGUGCGUUGCUGGCGCAGGACGAACCCCGCGGAAGGGGAAGCGCUGAAGAGCUGAAAACAGCUGCGUCUCUCCGGAUGCUCGAAGUUGCAUGCAGCACCGUGUCGGAGCACCUCAUGGGUCCACUCGUCGACGCGGUUCACGACACCCUCCGGGUGUUGCGCGAAGAGACAGCGCUGGGUGCCGAGAACCGGGCCGGUGGUAGUCUGGUGGCCGGCCGCAGUCUUGUAUCCGCGACCAAGUUGAAGCCUGAAGCAGAAGAGCUGAGUCCCGACGGCGCCGCUGUGCUCCAGGAGUUUCUUACGCCGGUUCUGCGGUCUGUUUUUGGGCGAGUCCUCGCUCUGCUAGCCUCCACAAAUCCGCCCGCGGCCUCCGUGGUCGCCGCAGUCGACUCGCUGCGCGUGGCGCUGCGCCGUCUGCAUGCAGUGCUCCCGCCGGCUCAGCAACAGCAGUUGUCAAAAGAGUUUCUCGCUUUCUCCGACAAGUUGCUUCAGCAGGAGAUCGCCUUGGCUUUCAAGGAGUCGUACAUGCGAGCAGCUCAGGAACUCCGCGCCCUCGAGCUAUUCUGUCUCCGAGUUCAGCCUCGGCCGACCCGCGCCUCUCAGGCCUCUGCUGCUUCCCGCGAUCCUGAAGCGGAGACGCCGCCCCUCGACGACUCCAAGACAGAAGAGGCGCUCCAGCAACUCGCUCGUACUGAGCACGCCGUUCUUCUUCAGGGGUGUUUGACUCUGACAGAUGUGCACCAGAUCGUGAACGGCGUUUGUGGAGUGAAGUCGGCGCAGGCAGACCGGCUGGUCAGCUCGGAAGUCGUCGCCUGGACGGAAGGCUUCUUCUCUCUGUUUGUACACUGUCUCUUGCGCCUCACGCGAGAUACGCCAGCAGCUCUGCAGGAACGAGAUGAACAGCGCCUCGCCGCGGAAGAGUUACGCGAGGACGAACUCGCCUGGCGAGAGAAGCUGGAGGAGGAAGCUGAGGAGAUGACAGCUCGCAACAGAGACGGCGGCCUUGUCGCGGCGCGGGCAGGAAAAAACUCGAGAAACGCACUCCCGCGUCUCCGACACAAGCCGGGGCUCUCAGCAAUCGAGCGGCAGGUCUCAGACGCGGUACGUACAGCCAUCUUCACGCAUCUUGUUUGCGAGAGGGAGGGCGCAGGGCCAGGCAGUCAGUUCGAGGACGCGUGCUCGCGGCGGGAGGAGACUGAGGAGAAGGAAAGAGACUGCGUUUCCAACGGAACGUCCAACUCUGAGGGAUUUCUCGACGAAGGCCGCAACCUCUUCUGUUUGCUGAUGAUGCGCAUGGGGAGACACCUCGAGUUGCAGGGGCUCGGAAAACUAGCAGCUGUCGCCGUCGAGUUGUUUCCUUCGUUCCCUGUCCACCGUCUCACAGCGUCGUCUGUGGCGGGGCCUCUGUCUGCGUCGGACGCGGCUUUCGAGGAAGCGAAUUCGGAGGUCCAGAGCGAUAAAACGCAGUCCCUGCUGCUCCGCACGCGCUGGGCUUCUCAGGCUGUGUUGACGACCUACGUUUUCCACCGCGGCUUGGAGGGCGCUUCUCUCGCGACGCGCGCCUUGAAGGCUUUCGACUGUCUGCAGAGUCUCCAGGAGAGGUGUGGAGACUCGGCAGACGACAGUGCCGAGGCAGAAGAGUUUCGGCGUUCGCCCGGCAACGCGCAGUCGCGGCUGCAGGUUUCCGGUCUCUUCGACCCACUGCUGCGGCUCCUGCACCGAUGCGACGCGGAAUGCGCGAAGCUGUUGGGGGAGAGGAGGCAGGGCGGAGGUGGGACUGCAUGCGCGUUGAUGCCGAGCUCGGGGGCGGGCGGCGCCGGGGAGCAGCCGCACCAGCGGCGCAUGGCGCGUCUGUUUGGGCGUCGCCGGACAGCGAUCGAGAGGGAGAUGGAGCGGCUCUUUGCUCGGAAACAAGCAGUCUUUUCUCCGGUUCCCUUCAACCGCGCAAAGGCCAUCAUGGGGAUCUUCCGCAUCGCCUCCCGCGCCUUGAUUGAGAGCGUCCGGAUGCAGCUCUUCAGUCGCUGCGCCGUGCGCCAGAUCCAGGUCGACUGCGCCGCGGCCGCGGAACUCAUUCGCGAUCUCGUCGCCGCAGAAGACGGCUCCGUCGUCGACGGGCUCCUCGAUGAAGUCACCGCCCUGGCCGCCUUGCGGUGCGUCGAACGACCGCAGAAGAGAGUUCCUCUCGCUGGACGGAUGGCUGCGCCUGGAGCUGCAGGCGCGGCAGCAGCCGCCGCCGCUGUUGCGGCCGCGACCGCGGGAAUCGACCCGGAACUAGAUGACCUUCUGCUCGAACAAAGUGUCGUUGAAGAAGUGUGCAAGCGGAGUCGCAGACGACCAGAGAGCUUUCUUUGAACUCCGGUUAGGAAACCCGUUUGCCUUGACAAGGAGCAGAGAAAGGCCUUGUGGGGUGAGCACCGAGGCCUCUGUGGUAACGUCUUUUCGACGCUGCGGUCGAGCUCUCACCACAGCACCACCCAUUUGCGCAGAUGAAGAGAGAGAAGAAGAAGCUUCGUUCGUGUGAUGGCCGCACUUACGCAUUUGUUGCUCUUCUUUUCUCAAGUUUUCUGAGGGAAUGUCGCGUAGUUCCUGUCCUUGCUCACAAUUGGUGAGAUGGGUCAUUCAGAGACAAACCGCC